CAUCCCUUGGGAAGCCGGAUUUCAUUGUAUUUCUUAGAUUCGAUCAUGUUUUCAAUACAUAAGAGCAAUCUCCCAUAAUAAGAUGAGUAUUUGGUGGCGGUGGUCGGAUCCGGAGGAUGGUUCAUAGAAUUCAGUCAGUCGGAGAUGUUGGAAAAGGAAUCAUCUUCUCAGAUGCUGAAUGAUACUUGUUGAAUGAGGGAAACAAAAGAAAGCGGACAAAGUUACCAUUUCAUUUCCCACAAAAAGCAGUGGGGCCACCAGCCAACGACGACGAGGAGACUGUGGAAAGAGAGGAGAUAAGUCGUCCUCGAGGAGGAGGGCGGAUUUCCUUUAGCUUUCACCCCAUCGUCGUCAUCCUUCUUCAUCCCACGCGACUGGCACGCAGAGAGAACGAGAGGAGAAAGUAGUUCUCGAUUUCACGUCUCAGUCGUGAUUUCCCAUUUCUGUCCCUGGUUCCACUCUUCUCGUUCAUGGCGAAAGACGGAACGUUGUCUCAGUAGCGACUUCUCUCAGGAAUCCAUCCGCAUCCCUCAGCCUGAUUACUACAUUUCUCUUACACAACAAUCUUGUCAACAUUAAAUUAGAAUCCGCUACGGUGGCUGAAUCAGAAAUCUUGAUUCAUCUUAACAACGCAUCUUGACAAACAUUUCUCCCAUCGUAAAAUCGGUCAUCACGAUUUCAAUUACCUGACCUCACUACUUACUACCAUCAUUAUUUGUGCAUCAAGUAUUGUUUCGUGAUUUACUAUUAACACUAGUCAAUUUUUUUAUGCAAAUUCUAAGUAUUUAAUAUAUUUAUGUACGCAUUAUUUUCCGAUCAGUAAUUUGGUCCAAUUACCGCUAUUGGCUUAAUUUCAACCUGCAAGUUUUUACUACAAAUGAAUAUACAUUCUUGAUUAAAACACUGAAAUUCAGUGUUAUCAAACGCAUAGUACGGGAGACUUGUGCAAUUGUGUCGGGGUAAAAAGUAAAUCAGGGUUGAGAGGUGACUUGAGACAGAGUUCAUUUAACUGUGAGAAGCAGUUUUUGACUGGAGAAAAAGACACUCACCCUUUUCCGUGAGAGGGUAAAUGCAGACUUUUAAUGGAACUAUUUUGGUUUGAUUUUGUUUAAGAGCUAAUGAAGUGUGAUCCUGAAGUAGUGGGGCUCAGUCAGACAAAGUUAAUCGUUUAUUUCGAGAGACAGGGAAGUGAAGUCUUAGACACGUUGUGUAAUCCACAAGCCACAGCAUUGUUUACAUUUGACAGGGUUCUAAUCCAAUUAUAAGUGUAGCCAUAAAAAUCCAGUGACCGGCUUGUGCAACCACGAUAAGUAUGGAUGUGGAAGAGUAUCGUCAGAGAGGAAAGGAGCUGGUGGAUUUUAUUGCUGAUUAUUUGACUGGAAUAAGAGCCCGGAGGGUUUUCCCAGCAGUGCAACCUGGCUACAUGCGACCAAUGGUUCCUGAUGAAGCUCCUCAAGAAGGGGAAUCUUUCCAGGAUAUUUUUGAGGACUUUCAACGCAUUGUUCUGCCUGGGGUGACACAUUGGCAAAGUCCGCAUAUGCAUGCAUACUUCCCGGCCCUGAACUCGUAUGCUUCUCUGUUGGGUGAUAUGUUGGCUGACUCGAUCAAUUGCCUCGGGUUUACUUGGGCAUCAAGUCCGGCCUGCACUGAACUUGAGAUGAUUGUGAUGGAUUGGUUGGCAAAAAUGAUAGGACUGCCAACUACAUUUAUGCAUUCGUCAAAGGAUAGUAAAGGUGGCGGUGUGAUUCAAACUACGGCGAGUGAAGCCACUUUCAUCUCCCUGAUGGCUGGCAGAACAGAAGCGAUUCGAACGAAUAAGGCAGCCCAUCCGAAUCUCAACGCGUCUGAAAUAAACGCUCGACUUGUUGCAUACUGCUCAGAUCAGGCACAUUCUAGUGUGGAGAAAGCAGGGUUGAUCGGCCUCGUAAGGAUGCACUACCUGGAAAGUGACUAUGAAACGCUAGGCAUUAACGGCGAAACGCUAUCUCAAGCAUUGAAAUUGGACCGAGAAGCUGGGCUCAUUCCGUUUUGGGUUUGCGCUACGUUAGGAACUACCGGAAGCUGUUCUUUCGAUAAUCUGAAAGAGCUUGGCCAAGUCUGCUUGAAAGAAAAUUUGUGGCUGCAUGUCGACGCGGCUUAUGCAGGGAGCGCUUUUAUCUGCCCGGAGUUUAGACACUGGCUCGAAGGAGUUGAAAUGGCAAAUUCCAUCGCUUUCAACCCCAGUAAAUGGUUGAUGGUCCAUUUCGAUUGCACAGCAAUGUGGGUUCAAGAUGCAGGAGCUCUCCAUAGGACGUUCAACGUUGAUCCGCUAUAUCUACAGCAUGAGAAUUCUGGAAUGGCGAUUGAUUAUAUGCAUUGGCAGAUUGCUUUGUCCAAGCGAUUUCGAGCACUAAAACUUUGGUUCGUAUUGAGAUCAUUUGGGGUCACGGGACUCCAAGAACAUAUCAGAAAGGGGGUGAGGUUAGCUGCCCGAUUUGAAGCAAUGGUCGCUUCUGACACAAGGUUUGAAAUUCCAGCAAAACGCCACUUGGGAAUGGUUGUUUUUCGACUUCGAGGAGACAAUGAAUUAACAGAAACGUUGCUAAAACGGGUCAACUCGUCUGGGAAGAUACAUUGCGUCCCAGCAUCGUUAAAAGGACGCUACGUUAUUCGGUUCACAAUUACAUCCCCCCAAACUACUGUGGAGGAUAUUUGCACAGACUUUCAUUUUAUUAAAGAAACUGCACGUGCAAUUUUGGCAAAUGAGGAAUUGAAGGAUAUCCCAAUGGCACCCGCCAGAAAGGUUCCACUGGGAGAGACUCGGUUACGAAAUUCUCACUUUGGGACGUCCCUUCUUCUCGCCAAUUCCCCAAUGUCCCCCAAAAUUGUCAACGGUUCAUUUGCUGCGAUAUUUGAUUCCAAUGAGCUUUUCAAAGAAUUUACACGGCGUUUGAAGCUGAGCGAGGUGGAUGAAAAUUCACCCGCCGUGGUAAGACGCCGACUCAAGGGGAUGGUCAUGUGCGGAAAGCAAUUUUCGCUAGACUCGAGAAUGGAUGUCGUAUCCACUAUGAAUUUGCAGGAAAAAGAGAAAACCGAAUCCGAUUCAGAUUCCCAGAAGAGUUUGCCAUGCAUGCCCGAAUCGCCGGAGCAAGAAAAUAGUAGCAAUUAAAGUCUCAGAAGGUUUUUUUAAAACCGUGAAUGCAGUAUUAUGAUAGACUACAAUAAGUAGAAAAAAACAGGAAGUGUAAAAAACAGAUAGAUAAGUAAGUACUAGCGAAAGUAGUUUGAAGAAAAAUGUAUUAUAGAAAGCAGUAGAAAACAGCCGCUGUAGGCAACUUGCAAAUAAAUAGUCUUCUUUUAGUGUUUUAAAAUGAUAAAAUACUUUGUGAUGAUGUUUUUUGGUGCUGAGUGGUUGUCAAAUUCUGAAUAACAGAACAUCACGCUCAAAUUUAAGUCAUUGUAUCUCAGUUGUGAUAUUAUAUUAUUUGAAAAUCAAUACAAUAAACAAACAUUGCUAAAUCCAA